UAAAGUUGAAAAAAACCGCAGAAUGUGCUUUUCUCUGCUCAUCAAAUUAUCCUUUUCCUCUCUUCCUUCACCGCUUUUCUUCCUUUCUUCUUCUUCUUCUUCUUCCAAACAUUCUCUCUCUAAUCACACUUUCUUAUUCUAAUCCCUAUUCUUAACCUCUUACUUCUCCAUUAUCAUCGAUCAAAAUUCAGCGUAAACUUGUUCGUUUGUUAGUUAGUUAGUUAUGGAGCUUGUAACUGCAAGCGAUCUUUUUGUAACUGAUUCCUUAGCGCUGCUUCUCUCUCUUCUUGUUGCCAAGCUUGUUUCCAUGGCCAUGGCUUCUGAUCCUAACACUCGCAAUUCACAUCAUCAACAACAACAAGAAACCCUUGUGACUCUGCAGCAGGAACGGUUAACGGUUCGCAAGCCUCAUAGUGAGAGAAAGGUGGAGUUUCUGAGUCCAAUUCAGAUUUCGACGAAUGUCGAAACAGCUCGGAACAGGGAAGAAGAGUCUAAGAUUGAAAGUGAGUCCAGAGUUGUUGAUUUUGACGUUGAAGCCUUAUAAACCAUUGCUGAGUUGAGCGAGGAACACGUGGCGUUGGCGGAGGCGGCAGAAGUAGAAGAAGGAGAGGUCAUUGAGACCAAUGGAGACAGUGAAGAAUUUGAUCCUCGUGAAGCAGUUGAGGAUUCUAUGGAACAGAGGAAAACAGAACCAGUGGAGGAUUUUGAAGAACAGAAAGAAACAGAACCUGUGAAAGAUUCUGAAGAGCAAAUAGAAACAGAGGAUUGUGAGGAGCAGAGAGAAGAAGAAUGCUUGCAAGUUUGUGAAGAACAGAGAGAAACAGAGUGUUGUGAAGAACAGAAAGAUUGUUCCGAAGAUUGUGAAGAACAGAGGAAAACAGAGGGAAUCACGGUCGAACCGUUCGAUGAUGAUGAUGGUUGGGAAGGGAUUGAAAGGAGUGAAUUGGAGAAGGAGUUCAUAUCGGCUUCCGAAUUCGUGGUUGGUGGAGGUGGUAAUGGUUUAGGAAGGGAUGUGCUAAUGGAGUUGUAUGGUCUUCACAAAGUUGCAACAGAGGGUCCUUGUCAUGAACCUCAACCAAUGCCUCUCAAGCUCAAUGCACGUGCAAAGUGGAAUGCUUGGCAAAAGCUGGGAAACAUGACUCCGGAUGCUGCAAUGGAGAAGUAUAUCAGCGUUCUUUCGGAUAAAGCUAUCAGGUGGAUCAAAGAUACUUCGGAUGGAACGAUUGAACUUGAACCAAAAGGGUCAGAGGUUUUUUGAGUUUGAUGUUCCUGAAUCGAGCACAUCUUUGUCUCAUCCACAAAUGACCAUAAAUGAAAGGGAACUUGAACAAGAAUCUGGUGCCCAAGAUCAUAGCAUACCUGCAGACACAGAGAAGAACAAUGUUAAGAAAUGAUGGCACCUUUCUGCUCAAAUCUCAUGCCACAUGGCAUUUUCCAACAUUUAUCUCUGCAACACGAAGACUGAUUCCAAGAUUGGAAGUUUGUUUUGAAGUGAUGCAAGAUUCUUGGGGUGUUUGCUUUCUCAUUUGUUC